AUGUCCGACGCCGAACGACAAUCACCAAGGGCAGCAAUUCGCAAUUGGCUCCAAACUACUGGCAGCAAGUCGACUGCAAAGCCCGCCGAUGCAUCUCGAGAGCAACAAAACAUUGAGCGGGGAUCGAGGCAUCGUUCGAGGCAGCACCACACGAGGAGGUAUCCAUCAGAAACCAAGGAUCGGCAUGAUGAUAAAGCUGGCCAAAAGCACCAAAAAGACAAUAAGUGUGGGACCCGGCAGACACGUGUCGCAGAUAAAGUCCUCCUCGUCAACUCGCACCAAGCACAACCCCAAUUACACUUGAGAGAGAAUACUGCCGUCAUUUCGAACGGCCUUGGUCUCGCGGAGCGAUUGGGACUCCAUGCACCUUUUCGUACCUUCAAAGAUCACAGCGAUGACGAUAUCCCGGACCUCCGAAGUCACCCACGGAAGCGCAAGCGCAGCAGGUCUUCCACGAGCUCUUACCUCGAACCUGCAGCAGCCAAUGACCUCUCAGAACAUGACCAUGACCGUUUUCGUCAUGCCACGAUACUACGUACGCGGAGUACAGGGCCAGUGCUUGACGAUAGAGGCCAGCACGUUUCACCUACGGCGUCCCAGGGUUCGGAGAUAGCGUUACUGUCUCCAAAGAAGCUCCCGAAAUCUUACGAAAGGAGACCAAGACACAAGACCCGCCAAGAUCGCUAUGAGCUCAAAGACAAUAACAGAGCUAGCGAGAAGACGAAGCAGGCUGCGAAGAAAGACCGCGGGGAGAAGAAGCAGAAGAAGCACAAGCGUAAAGAAAAGUCCGGUGCAGCUUUGAUGCAUGACUUUACCGCGCAGAACGUGGCCCACGACCGUCUCACUGCUCUUCAAGUACCUGAUCUUGCCUUCUCCGAAAUGAUCUUCCUCAAAUCUUGUCGAGAGAAGCCCAAGGACUCGUUCGAAGACUCGUCUAAUAGGCCCUCGGAGAAGAAGACGCGGCGGAAGUCGACUAAAGCAGCAGACACAGAAGCAGAAAUUUCAAGAUACUUCAUGUCAGCAAAACCUACAAGCCUCGAUGUGAUGAAACCUCACGGUCAACGACAUCAACAAGACAGGGGACGAUCCCGAGACCACGAGUCACCGCAAGCCUUUGUCGAUCUUCCAGAUAGGCCUUUCCUAGGAUUUGGAAGCUGUGGCCCUAAUACCUCUAUAUCUCCAGCGAAAAUACCUGUCAACACAGAUUCGAGAAGCCUCCAUCGUGAAGACUCGUGGUCUCCUACUCGUUCCACAAGCUAUCUUACCUGGUCCCAAAGUGUGAGGCCGUCCUUCGGCUCUCCUCUGCUCAAUAGGCCGUAUCAUGUUGAACCAUUAACAUCAUCAAAACUAUCUAAUCGUAAACGUAAAUCCCCAGCUCCUCAUAAAGGCCAGUACUCGUUACCAUCUCUAUCUCCACCUUGUGUACCGACAACUUCUUCGAAAACCCAAGAUGCUGCCUCCAUACCUUUCUCGGCGCACGAAAAUGCAAAUGAGGGUCCAAGCCGGAAUAGCGAAUCACGGUCGGCAACGGGUGAACGGCUUAGGUUGAGGGAGAAGAGUCAAAACCACGGCGAUACUGGAAUCAUCAAGCUUGAUGCUGCAAAGAUUCCACACGAAAUUGAAGACUCGAUCGCAGACAGUACUCACCCAGCCGAAACCGCCACACAUGACGGCCCUGAAUCGGCAUUACUCUCUCGAAAUGAAGCUACUUGCCAGUCUUCAGGACAUGAGCCUCAACGCGAGCCUCAACGCGAGCCACAAGCUUAUGGCGUGCGCCCUUUCUCGGCCCAGAUGCCAAUCAUCUCACCACAUAAAGACCCGCUCGACGAUGUGCUCGAGGCACUUCUCACAGAUUGCAAUACUAACGUUGCUGGUAGCGAUCUAGCCUCUCGUGCCACAUCGGGUCACCGCAAUCUUUAUGUUAGGGAGGAAGAGGGGAUACCAGAUAGAAUUCAGGAAUAUUCACGCAUGCCUGCUCGCGCCUUCGUUAAUAGUGUCUACGCUCCCGAGGCUUCGGCGUCCGCCCCAAAAUUUUCUGGGAAGCCUCGCAGCGCAAGCCUUCAACAGGACUUCCCGCAUGACAGUUCCAUUUCUACGCAUACACUAUCUAAGGGGGACCUAAGUUUUUCGAACAGACCAAGCUUAGGGUACGCUCCAGGCUACCGACCCAUUGAAAGUGAAGUGGACUCAAGGAGUGCAUGGAAUGGUUACGGCAACCUUUACGAAAGGCAACAGGAGCAAGCAGAUCCUAGGCCAGAAACUUCGAGAGAAAAUAGACCACCUUACAUAGCUCUGCGAGAGAACCUUUCAGGCUCGUCGCGAGAGACGGACCACACCGCUGCACGCGACGAAUACGCACAAAAGCUUCAUUUUGUGGAGCUAGGAGACGGAUUUGAUGAUCACAGGCCUUAUUUGUAUAAGACGGUACAAGAGGGAAAUGAUAAUGAAGAUUACGAAGAAAUCAGGCAUGGUGAAUGGGAUAUUGAUCAUGGGACAUCGUACGAUUCUGGACCAUCAAUCUUCCAUGAGUCUCACGAAGAUUCCAAUCAUGGAAUUAUGGCCGAAAAUAAUGUCAGUGACUACCAGCGAAGAGAGAUAAAUGCAGAUCAUGAGCAGUCAGUCGCACAAGAGGCCGAUCAGGAUGAAGCUGAGCCCCACCAGCUCUUCACAACAAGCAUACCAGACACGUACCCUUCAUGGCCGAGUCAUCACAUCUUCAGUAGAGAUCCCGGUCUCGAAAGGAUACAGCUGGCCCAGACACUGUUGCAUACGGAAUCCCUAGGGAAAGAGGUGGAACAAAAUGUGGUGGGGACCUCAAAGAAGGAGAAGACCAGGUCUUCGGCAGGCACCAAACCCUCAGAUGUAAACCACACCUGGACCGUCCACCGUGCAACUUCCAACCAGUUCAUAUCGGAGGAAAAGACCCAGACUAUUCUCAGUCAUGUCGAAACCCUGCGUGAAGAGACCCAGAAAGUCAAAGCUGAGAUUGCGGCAAGAAAAGCAAAGCUCCUGAGGCGACGUUCAGAAUUCGCUUCAGCGAAGCACGAGCUGUCUCAAAGCCAAGCAAGCGCCGUCGAACCAGUGGACAAGAGCAUCAAGCGCACCGAACACAGAUGGGAUGUCAUGCACAACAAGACGGCAGAGUCUCGACUAUUCCUUUGCAGGGAAGUAGCGCUGCUCUACGGCUUGCAUCAACGGAAGCGGAAGAAGGGUGGAUUGGGCAGAGAUGUCUACUUCAUCGGAGGAGUUCCCAUUGCUGAUUUAAGGGAUUUAAACAAUGCAGCACCAGCCCAUGUUACAACCUCUACCACUAACCUCGCCCACCUCACUCACCUGGUCUCACAUUACCUCUCUCUUCGCCUCCCUGCCGAAAUCACCCUCCCUCAUAGCGACUAUCCUCUCCCAACAAUCUUCUCACCUAGCUCGUCCUACACAUCUCGCGAAGUACCGUUCCCAGGCUCUACACCACAUCACUCCUCACACAACAGUCCCUCAGCCUCUCGCCAUUCAGAUAACCGCCCACCACCAAGGCCUAGGCCGUUGCACCUCGACAAGAAGUUGUCUGCGCUCGCUAAAGAUGAUCAAGUAGCCUACGCAUCUUUCGUAGAAGGUAUCACCUUCCUGGCUUGGGACAUAGCCUGGCUUUGCAAAACGCAAGGUAUGAACGUUGGUGGUAGCUCUUGGGAAGAAGUCUGUGCUAUGGGGAAGAAUCUGUGGCACUUAAUACUCGGCCCUCCACCGCGCCCUCCAGUACCAAGAGAAGUCUCAAGCAGAAGCUUUCCGAAAAUGCCCACUAGUUCCCGCAUUCCCAAUACCUCAAAUGGCCCACCUGCAGCGGAUAAAACCAAAGAAGCGCCAACUCUAGGCCACUUCUCACAUGGCACCGCAUAUGGCUUUCUCGCAUCGGCCUCUGGGGCAGAAUACAUGCGUGACUGGCGAUUGCAAUCCCCCGUCAAAGUAAUUGAGAAGGUCAAGGCUAUGCUAUCAGCCGAGAGAACAGGGGCAGAGUGGGAGAUUCUAGAGGGCAAUGAAUGGGAGGAGGAGGAAGGGCAAGCUGAAGCACCAGUGCAUAAUUUAGGCAGUGUGGGCAGAAUGCCCAAGAUAGAGGAGACCGGCGUCUUGGUGCCAGCACAGGCGGAAGUUGGGGUACAAUACGCAGGCAACGGAAGUCGACUGCCUAGGAUUGAGGAGACCGGAGUACUUGUGCCAGGCCAGGGGGUAACGAUAGGAAUCGGUGGCGCAGGGCAAGGUGGCGGCGUAGAGGGAGAGGAAAGCGAGGAGAAAGGGAAGGGCAAGAGUGGGUGGAUGAAGCUCAAAAGUAGGUGA